AUGCUGACAGCAAUUCAAAACGAGAAUAACAUAAGUUUCAUGCCACACGAUACAUCAGCUCUUAUUCAGGAACAUUUGCAAGGAUUGGAAGCUAAUCUAAAAGAAUAUUUUCCUCCAAUUAACAGUAACAAAGCAUGGAUAAGAAACCCAUUUUCAAUAAAUAUUGAAACAACUUUUCCGGACUUAAAUGUUGAAUCAUUAAUUGAACUCUCGUGUGACACGGCACUCAAAGACAUAUAUAAGGAACGGCCAUUGAUAGAUAUUUGGUUAUCUUGUCAUCAAGAGUACCCAGUUGUAGCAGAACAAGCAAUAACAUUUCUAAUGCCUUUUGUCACGACCUAUAAGUGUGAAGCAGGAUUUUCAACACUCGUGUUCCUGAAGAAUAAAUACAGGAACCAGUUGGAAGUCGAACCGGACUUAGGAAUAAAAUUAACGUCCUUUCCAGCAAACUUGGAAUUCUUGGUUAAAAAUAAACCGCUUCAUACUUCUCAUUGA